CAGCGAAUCUUUUUCGCAUGUUGUUUUUGUGUACAAUCUCUCUCGGCUCUGUUUUAAAAUAAUAAUUGUUUUAAUUAUUAGUUAAAAAUUAUUAUUUCUUUCUCAAAUAUAUUGCUCAGCAAUGGAAAAUCGACUCAAUCGAUAUGAAAAAAUUGAUUUCUUGGGCGAAGGUCAGUUCGCUACUGUCUACAAAGCCCGGGACGUCGAAACGAGUGAAAUCGUUGCGGUGAAAAAGAUCAAAAUCGGUAACCGCGAGGAAGCGGCCGACGGCAUCAACCGCACCGCCUUGCGGGAAAUCAAACUCCUGCACGAGUUGCACCACGAGAACAUCAUCGGACUGCUGGACGUGUUUGGCCACAAGAGCAACGUUUCGCUGGUGUUCGAUUUCAUGGACACCGAUCUGGAAAUUAUUAUUAAGGAUCCGAAGAUUUUGCUGACCCCGGCCAACAUCAAGAGUUACAUGAUUCAAACGCUGAAGGGGCUGGAGUACCUGCACCAUCAUUGGAUUCUGCACCGGGAUUUGAAGCCGAACAAUUUGCUCAUCAGCGGAUCCGGAAUUUUGAAGAUUGGAGAUUUUGGCUUAGCCAAAUUUUUCGCAUCUCCCAAUCGGAUGAACACCAAUCAGGUGGUGACCCGGUGGUACCGCUGUCCGGAACUUCUGUUCGGAGCUCGGCAGUAUGGGACCGGGGUGGACAUCUGGGCCGUGGGAUGCAUUCUGGCGGAACUUUUGCUUCGGGUUCCGUUUCUUCCGGGGGAAAGCGAUCUGGACCAGUUGACACGGAUCUUCCAGGUGAUGGGAACGCCCACGGAUGAAAAUUGGCCCGACGUUAAGUCCCUUCCGGACUUUGUACAGUACAAGCUCUUUCCGCCCAUUCCUCUCAGGGAUAUCUUUACCGCAGCCUCGGACGAUUUGCUGGACUUGGCCAAUAAGCUACUGGCGCUGUUUCCUCUAAAUCGGUGCACCUGUACCGAAGCACUCAAGAUGCCGUACUUUUCCAAUAAACCGGCCCCGUCUAUUGGCAGUAAGCUCCCGAUGCCGGCCAGUUACUACGCCGGAACGAAGGACAAGGAGGAUAAGCAGCCAACGCUGAAGCGGAAACUGGCGGACACGGUCGAUGGGGGGACACUUCCGAAGCGGUUGCAGUUUUAGUCAUUCCGGUAAGUCGAAUUUUCUUAUUUCUAGGUUUUAUUUUUACUACGGGCAGAGUUGUUCCUUGUUCUUUACAUUUUCAAGGUAGAAUAAAUCAAUUUUCAAUAA